AUGUGGGUUAAUCGAAUGCGACAGCCUGCGGUAAACGCGACCGCCUUUUCGCGUCAACUCAGAGGGGUCAGGUCAACGGUCGCGCUCGGACGACGACACUAUGCAAGCAAUCAGCGAGAAACUGCAGAGGGUCGUCCCCAGCCCUCAAAUUGGUUCAGGAACUCUCUCGCAUUCGCCGCGACAGGAGCGGCAGCCUUCAUCAUCUACUCAUAUGCUACCAGUACAGGCGAGAGCGAAUUCCUGAAAAGCCUCCCAGACUCAUCCAGGUCGAUUGAAGAUCUCUCCGCCCAAUACAUACAAAGGAAACGCAGCUUGAAGAGUCCCGGCUUAUAUAUAUGGGGUACGAACGAGUACAAGGUGGUGGAUCCAGAUGCCAAAGAGCUGUCUUAUUUCGACAACCACGUAUUGAGAGACCUGAAGCUUGGGGAAACGUCUGGGGCUGCUAUCAUCGAGAACGGUGAUCUAGUACAAUGGGGUAAAGGGUAUUCCGAGACUGAUUUCAAACCCACAAAAACGCUAGCUGGGAAAAAUCUAAUCUCAUUGUCUAUGUCCCAUGAUCGUAUUGCCGCUCUAUCUUCUGAUGGCAAGGUCUACUCUCUGCCGAUCUCAAGCCACGACCAGUCAUCCGGCCGAAAGACUGACGAGAAAUCAUGGGUACCUUUCUGGACUGGCAAGGCGAGCCUGAGCUACCGCCUUAUUCAACCAAGCUUGAAGCUGGGAGAGAAAAUAACCUCCAUCAGCGGUGGUCAGGAACAUGUCCUUCUCCUGACGAGCUCCGGGCGAGUAUUUUCUGCUGCUGCAUCAACUGAGAAUUUCCCAUCCUUCGGACAACUAGGAAUCGCGGGCCUGACCUGGGCGACUAGGCCACAAGGACCAGUGGAUGCUCCUCAUGAGGUUAAGACUCCGAACGGGGUAAAGGUCACACAAAUUGCGACUGGUGACUACCAUUCGUUGCUGCUUACCAAGGAAGGUGACAUUUUGGCGUUUGGCGACAAUUCCUUGGGGCAACUCGGAAUAAGGUUUGACGCAGCAAAGCCUUUCCGCGACACCCCUACGCAGGUGCCUAUUAGAGACCUUUACCGCGAGGGUGGCCACCUCCCCCAAGCAACUGGCAUUGCGGCUGGCGGUGCGAACAGUUUCUUCCUUGUGGAUGUCCGACAGACCGGUCCAACUCAAGACCUCAAGGGCGCAGGAAAAGUUACAUGUGACAUUUGGACCUGCGGCCGGGGAAUCUGGGGUGCGCUUGGGAAUGGCAAGUGGACUCACUUGCAGGACCGUCCCAUCAGAUUGAAGGCACUUAGUGGAUUAGUUGAGUACGACGAGGCGACAAAGGGAUUAUUGCCUAUCCGUUUGAACGAUAUCUCUAUUGGCACGACCCAUGUAUCCGCCAUUCUAGGUAACCUGACACAUUUGAAUCGCGCCUCUACGUCCACCCUGGAGGGCCCUGACGACGCGGGUCUAGAUGUGGUCUGGUGGGGAGGAAACGAGCACUUUCAGCUUGGAACCGGCAAGAGAAGCAACUUAUCCAAACCAGCCCAUAUCAACGCACCUCCAGAGACUACGCCGGAUGGUGAUAAGGAAGUCGCCAGGCUCCAAAUCUUACCUCGCCAUCGUGGAACGGUGGCCGGCCGCAACGUUAACAUGCGACAACGGCCAGCCAUCAUGCCUCGCGAAAACCAAAAGCGCGGUCGCAGAGCGACGGAUAAGGCGAAAAAGGAGGAAACCAAGCGAAAGCGCGACGACGCGCCUGAAGAUUCGACAACGAAGCGAUUAAAGCCUUCAGCGGACGAAGCCAUCACCGCCGGCGCAGACUACAUACCUCUCGACAUCGAAGAAGGAAACCAAACCGAGGCACCUGCGCAUGAUGACAUGCCAUUCUAUGGUCUUCUCGAUCCCGAGGAGCAGGAAUACUUCAGCAGAGCGAAUGAGAUGUUGGAAUUGAAUCAGUUCCAAGAUGCCGAGGAGCGAAGGCUGUUUGUGGACAGUGUGUUCCGGGAAGCGAGGGGGAAAGAAUUGAAAAUUGCCUGCAGUCAGUCGUGCUCGAGGCUUAUGGAGAAGCUGAUAUCGGUGUCGGAUAUUUCUCAGAUCCGGAGGUUGUUCAACAAAUUUAUCGGUCACUUCUUGACGCUCGUGCAGCAUCGAUUCGCGAGUCACUGCUGCGAAAGGUUGUUCAUCAGUGCUGCUCCCGGGGUGUCACAAAAAAUCUCGAAAUCGAAGCCCAGAAAAGAUGAUAACGACGAAGACGAAGAUGACGAUCCCGAGCCGGAGCUGUCGCUAGCGGAGAUGUUUAUGCAAGUUGUUGAGGAGUUGCAAGGGAACUGGGGAUACUUGUUGACGGAACGGUUCGCAUCGCAUACGAUCAGAGUCCUGCUCCUCGUGCUUGCCGGAGAGCCGGUCGAUGUGUCUUCGAACGAUUCGGUUGUGGCCAGUCGAAAGAAGGAAAGACUGGGAGUUGUCGGCGGGGAAUCUCAAGAAGUCACUGUGACGGAGAAAACGAGUGUUCCGGAGUCGUUUGAGACAACGUUGAAAAAGGUCAUGCAGGACAUGGUCUCGGUACUUGACGACACCUAUUUACGGGCGCUUGCAACCCAUCCUGUUGGCAAUCCAGUUCUGCAGGUGCUGGUCAAACUGGAGCUCUCUCACUUCGGAAAAUCGAGUGCCAAACAAUCCAAUUCAAUCAUAAAACGGCUGAUUCCAGAUGAGAACUUCGAAGAGGACUCUGAGAGUGCAAGAUUCAUUCGAGGUCUACUUUACGACCCUGUGGGUUCACGCCUCCUCGAGACGAUGGUACGGUGGAUGCCAGGGAAAAUGUUCAAGUCGCUCUACAAGAACUACCUCCGCGAACAGAUGAGCUCGCUUGCGCGUAACCAAACCGCCGGCUACGUCGUACUCCGAGUUCUCGAACGACUAGGAAAGGAUGAUUUACAAGCUGUUGUAGAGCAGAUCGCGCCCAAGAUCCCUGGCCUCAUUGAACGAUCGCGGACGAUCGUACCCAAGGUGCUGAUUGAAAGGUGUCUAGCCCGAGGAGUUGACACCAAACCACUCGCAAAAGCGCUCGGUGCUUCGUACGACUCUGAUCCUACCCGCAGGAUUGAACAAAUGCUUCGACUAGAAACCACGACAGCCGAUGGUGGAAAGCCAGACUCAGCAGACAAUGGAGCCGUAGCUGAUUCGUCCUCAAAGCCCGCUGAAAAGCUCCACGGCUCGUUGCUCGCACAGACUAUUCUCACGGCCCCUGGGCCAUUGAGCGAGCUAGUAUUUUCGAGUCUUCUUGCAUUAUCACCUGAGGUUCUCCUAAGUAUGUGCAAGGAUCCAACCGCGUCGCGAGUCGUCCAACAGGCCCUCACAUCGUCCGCAUCCACCCCUCAGUUCCGCCGACAGUUCAUUACUCGGUUUACGGGUCACUUGAACGAGCUUGCGCUUGACAGCAGUGGAUCUCAUGUGGUUGACGCGCUGUGGCCGGCCACCAAAGAUAUAUACUUCGUGAAGGAGAGAAUGGCGCAGGAGUUGGCGGCAAAUGAACUGGCCCUUCGGGACUCCUUCGUCGGCCGUGCUGUUUGGCGAAACUGGGCCAUGGAUCUCUACAAGCGCCGACGGGGUGAGUGGGCAGCCAAAGCAAAGGGAAGGGAUACCGGCAGCAACGAUUCUGGAGAAAAGCCGAAGUCGCGCAUCGAGAUGGCGCGUGCCAGGUUCGCUGCCAAGCAGGACGGGCCUUCAACCGUCCAAGAUCUUUUAAUUCCCUUUAUCCGUGCAGCCGACGACGACAACCUUGGUCCGAAAACGCAGAAAAACGGCGUCAACACGAGUAAUGGAACAAAUGGACAUCACAAUAUAGUUGGGUCAUCGUUGGUAGAUUACAAGAAGCCCGAAGAGCUACAGGAUAUCCUGCAACUGAGGCUCCCGCAGCAAGGUACCGGGCAAGACGGCCUGAUCGAUAUCCUCCGCAACGUUCUCCGCUACUCGGUCAAUACCUGGCACCAGGGAUUCCUCGACAAGCUGUAUGCCUCAACAAAUGCUCCUGGUGUGGCCUCCGAGCUCAUUCUCGCGGCGCUGAACACAAACGUCCACGUCUAUCAGGUCUCACCUGCCCUGUCCGUCAUUGAGAAGUAUACUGGACAGCAGCUGGCCGCGCUCUUUGGGUUGACUGGACCGCGCGCUGGUGGAAUCUCAGUACAAGGUGGCUCAGCAUCGAAUACAACGUCCAUCGUCAUCGCGCGCAAUAAUCUAUAUCCCAGCACGAAGAGCGACGGCAAUGGCGAUUAUAAGUUUGUCCUCUUCACUAGUGCCCACGGACACUAUAGCAUCGAGAAGGCGGCGCAGAUGUUAGGGCUGGGCAGCAAUGCGGUUUGGUCAGUUCCAAUCGACAAGGAAGGGCGAAUGAUCCCUUCUGAGUUGGAGAAAUUGGUGCAGAAGGCAUCGAGCGAGAACCGCACACCGUUUUAUGUCAACGCAACCGCCGGUACAACAGUCAUGGGCUCCUUUGAUCCCUUCGAAGACAUUGCAGCUAUUUGCAAGAAAUACAACUUGUGGCUGCAUAUUGACGGUUCCUGGGGAGGCUCGUUCGCCUUCUCCCAGCGUCAACGACACAAGCUCGCGGGUGCAGAGAAAGCAAACAGUAUUGCCAUCAACCCACACAAGAUGCUUGGAGUACCAGUAACCUGUUCCUUCCUGCUUGCUGCCGACUUGCGGCAGUUCCACCGCGCCAAUACCCUUCCUGCAGGGUAUCUCUUCCACAACGGAGAGGAAGACAAUGAGGACGCAAACGGCUUAGAAGGUCCAUCCGAGCUAGAUUCCGAGUCGCCAGAAAUCUGGGACCUUGCAGACCUCACACUCCAAUGCGGUCGACGCGCAGACUCCCUAAAGCUCUUCCUCAGCUGGUCAUACUACGGAACAUCCGGAUACGAGCGCCAAAUCGACACAGCCUGCGAUAUGGCUGCAUACCUCGCGACCUUAGUCCAAGACAACCCGAACUUCAUCCUCCUUAGCCAGAAUCCCCCUCCAUGUCUCCAGGUUUGCUUCUACUAUGCCCCCGGUGGAAACCUAUUACAUCCGCGAGGAGCAAGCGUCGUAUCCGAUGAAAACAAGCGGGCAAAGGCCAACAGCAAGGUUACCGAGCAGAUCACUCAUGCAAUUGUCGGGCGCGGAUUUAUGGUUGAUUAUGCGCCUCCUAGUGGGGAUGAAAACGCGGUUGGGGAUGGCAAAUUCUUCCGGUGUGUUGUUAAUGUCCAGACCGCGAAGGAGACGGUUGAAGGGCUAGUGAAGGCGAUUGAAGAUGUUGCCCCGGGAAUUGUGGAGGGUCUCAAGGCGGAGGAAGCAUCACUGCCGAAGAGGAGGCCUGGGGAGCGGGGGCAUGGGCCUGUUGUUCAUCAUGUAUAA